CUUGGGACGUCCAUACCCCCCAUUGAAGUUGACAUUUACACUGGUUAAGGUAAUGGUUACGGUUAGGUAAGGGUUAAGGUUAUGUUUAGGGUAAGGGUUAAGGUUCUAGGGUAGGGACGUCCCAAGGAUUCAGAAUAGCACUCCGUUGAACUGCUUCGAAACAUCUUCAUGGACUUUUGAAUUAAGUGCAAAUGGCAGUCUCGCUUAGUCGCUUCACUCCCGACAGCUCCACUAGAAUGCAACAAAGAGGUACCCCCUUACCAUCAGGUUCCCACAGCAACCACCUCUGAGGUCAACUGAAGUGUGCAAGUCUCUCUUGUACUAAGGAGUUGUGAAUGAGACUGCCAUUGCUCCGGUCCAGAACAAACCUCACUGGACACCUCAGGCAGAGGGAGACUUCCCCAUGAAUGGAGCCCCUGCACUCCAGGAGUCUUUGCUAAAACAGAGAGAGCGACCAGAAGACUACAGCCUGACCCAGCCCUUUGGCUUUCAAACUCAAUUCAACUUCAAAUAUCUUUACAAAUAACAGACUGCAAUCAUCUGAGAUAGAGAGUGAGGAAUAAGCGUCAGAGACACUAUUGAAGCCAGACUCUGGUCUGGCGGUAAGACACCCAUACACAGUGAGCCUGCCCCUGCUGUCCUCCAAUGGAGACCCCGGGUAGAGCAAGACGCUGCUGCAACGUUACAGAUUUGAAGACACAACUCUGAGGCACGAAUGUACGUAGGUGGAGAAUGUCAAGCUACAACCUGUGAACAGGGGGACCCCCAGUAAAGGAGUCAUCCAGAGGGGAACACAGCGUUGCAGUGUGCGACAUGAAUGCAGUGAAAACUACUGAGCUGUCUGUCCACAGUAAGGAGAACAGGCAAAGUCCUGGACACCUAAAGACUAAAGAGGACGAGGAGGACCCCUGGGACAGGAAGGACCCCAGUAACCACACAACCAGGAAGCAUCCCUCAACCAUUGGGGGAAAGAAUGUUCUGCAGUUAAGACUUCAGCAGAGGAGGACUCGAGAGCAGCUUGCAGACCAAGGCAUCAUGCCUCUGAACCAUGGGAAGUUUCCUAAGCAGGAGGAUUCGUAUGCGUUCGAGGAGGACAGCAGCAGUGACAGUCUGUCUCCAGAGCAACACCACAGUGACGAGUCCCAGGGGUCCGCAUGCCCCUCCUCUGAGGCCAUGGGCAGCACCCCCUCCUCCUCCUCAUCACCAGCCCUCACUAGCCCUAAACAGGGGUGUCAGAACAGGGACCCGUCUGAUCAGAGCAAGGAAGAUGGCUUGUCUGCGGCUAACAAUGGGCUGUCUGCCACCCCACCCAUACCUGUCCCUGCCAUAGUCAAGUCCAAGACAUCGGACAAAAACCGCCACAAGAAGCCCAAAGACGUGAAGCCCAAGGUGAAGAAGCUGAAGUACCACCAGUACAUCCCUCCGGACCAGAAGCCCGAGAAGUCUCCCCCUCCCAUGGACUCAGCCUACGCCAGGCUACUGCAGCAACAACAGCUCUUCCUACAGCUGCAGAUCCUCAGCCAGCAGAAACACGCACACACACACUCCCAGCAUACACACUCCCAACACACACAGGCCCAUGCACAUCAACGGCAGCCUAGUUUCAGCUACCAGCCCCUGCACCAGCCAGUCCAAGCCCAAAAACAAUCCAGUGAGCAGCUGACAGUGGGUAGCUCCAGUGUUACUACUAACAUGAUCAACAGCAGCUCGUCGUCUCCAGUUAAGACCACAUACUCUGGUCAAACCAGCAUCUCACCAGUCAAACCUGGUCCUCUGCCACCUAACCUGGAUGACCUGAAGGUGUCAGAGCUCAGGCAGCAGCUUCGUAUCCGGGGCAUGCCCGUCUCAGGCACCAAGACAGCCCUCAUUGAGAGACUCCGCCCCUUUAAGGACCCCACCUCAAGCCCCUCGCAUUCAGGCUCCAAUGACAUCACCACGGUCACCUUCCCUGUCACCCCCACGGGGUCCCUGUCCUCCUACCAGUCCCCCUCCUCCUCCAGCGCCCUCUCCCAGGGGGGAUAUUACCCUUACCCCAGCACCUCCUCCACCCCACCCAUCUCCCCCGCUUCCUCAGACCUCUCCCGUAGCGGCUCGCUCCCAGACAGCUUCAGCGACGUGCCCAUGUCCUCUCCUCCACAGUUUGGCCUCCAGCCGUCCCCGGCCCAGCUCAGCUCUGAAGAAGGCCUGGGGGGAGGGGGUCUGAGUGGGGCAGGACUACGGGGAGGUGAAGGUGGAGGGAUGGAGGGUCUGGAGGCAGAGAAGGAUAAGAUGUUGGUGGAGAAACAAAAAGUGAUCGAGGAGCUGACGUGGAAGCUGCACCAGGAACAGAGACAGGUGGAGGAGCUCAAGAUGCAGCUGCACAAGAGGAAGCGUUGCCAUGGCGCCACACAUGAGGGUGUCCCGGCUCCGUCCCAGCCCCACCACCUGCACCUGCAGCAAUCCCCCUCGCUGAUGGGGCAGCACUUCUUUGGAGUGACUGUCAAACAGGAGCCCAUGUCCCUCUCCUCCAGCUGCCCCCUCUCUUCCCCCAAGCACCUCAAGAGUCCUCCAGGAAGCUGCAUGGAGGGGAUGGGCCACUGCGGUGCCUCUCUGACCAAUAUGGGGGGCCCUGGUGGGCAACGAUGCCUGGACUCAGUCCCCUCCUCUGGAAGUCCCUCUGGCAUGUCUGCCUUCCUCAGCCCCCAGUGCUCUCCUCAAGACUCGCCCAUCGCCAAGACCUCCAGCAGCUCCCAGCCUUCCUCCCCCAACAACCCCUACCUGCUGUCACCGCCGCUGGGCAGAGACGGGUGUAGCCACUCCCUCAACCAGACCAGCACCAGGCCCCGCAACAUGCAGAUUCAGCAGAAGAAUGGAGGACAGGCUGUGAACUGCUCCUAUCCCUCUGACCAGAGACGUCUUCAGUCAGUGUUCCCCAACUCGACCGACAACGGCCUGAUCCACAGGGUCAACACUAAGGCUAAGAACCCAAACAUGCAGCAGAAGAUGGCAAUAUUGCCCUCUCCCCGGCACGUUGGCCAAAAGUGCCCAGUCUCAACCCCGGCCUUCUGUAGCUCAGAUUCAACUGCAUUCGACUCUAGACAGCCCCCUUGCUAUGAGGAUGCAGUCAAGCAGCAACUGACUAGGAGUCAGCAGAUGGAUGAGCUUUUGGAUGUGCUCAUAGAGAGUGGAGAGAUGCCAGCUAACGCCAGAGAAGAGAGGGAGAGGUCCUCUGUAACCAAAGUUGUGCCUCACAUUACAGUUUCCCCUGGAACCACCUGCCUCGCCGUCCCAAAGUUCAACCAAAGACACUACGAACACCUGCCCCCCUCCCAGCUCAACUAUGACCACACAGCCAAUCACAUUGCAGACAGCCACCUGGAGAACCUGCUGGGAAGCCCCCUAGGCCGAGGGGGCGAGGUCGCCCUUCUCAAGAUGGCUGCCGAGGAAGCAGGGGAGGGGGAGGAGAGGGGUGAUGGACCUGAAGGCUACCCCAGCACCAAUCACCACCACCCUCACCAACACCCCCACCAGGACAAACUUCUCCCCAACAGGGACCUGAUGGAAACGCCAACGCCUCUAUCUGCCAUCCACCCCAUCAACGCCAAAGUGUCAUCCGUGGCCGAGGCACAGGGGAUGGUCGGCAUGACGUUCAGCGAGUCGCCGUGGGAGACGAUGGAAUGGCUGGACCUGACGCCCCCAAGCUCGGCUACGGGGUUCAACUCCGUCCCGGCCGCCGGGCCAAGCAUUUUCAACACAGAGUUCCUGGAUGUCACAGACAUCAGCCUGAAUACAGCCAUGGACCUUCAUCUAGAGCACUGGUGAAACACCAGAGACUGGCUAUGGAGCAGCUAGCCACUAUCAGCUAUCCACUAGCUGGCUAGGUACCUACAAAAAAAAAAACACAGCAGACGACUAGCUAGCUAC